AUGGGUCCCUGUACGGCCUCCCAUUGCUGCUGUCUCCAUCGCCACACUCUGCCAUGUGCCCGACUUUCAGGUCUCCUCACUACUGCGGUGGGUUCCAUUUUGUGUCAUAGGUUGCUGUAUGCCUCCCAUUGCUGCUGCCUCCACGCCACCACUGUGGCUCCAAAACACUGGUUUUGGCCCCGUGACUGCCCAAAUGUGGUGAAGUGUGCGGGUGAUUCUAAGAUUCGACGGCACUCAUCUGCAUGUCAUACUGACUGACAGUAUUAUUUCUCUUCCCCAGGCAGACUCAAAGGGCAUUUAAAUUAAAGGUACAGUGUUCUGCACUAAUAUUA